AUGAUAUUAUUUUUAAUUAACAUCAAAUUUUCAUAUCAGGAAUCAAAUGAUCUAAAAAUUUUGGAAGUUUAUGAUGUAAUUAAUUCACAACUUUUAAUUAAGUAUAAAGGAACACCAUUGUAUAUUAAUUUUACUGAAUUAAGUAACGGAAAAACAAGAAUACAAAUUAAUGAAAUCGAUGAUGAAGAAGGUAUGAUUGGUAAUGAGCAAUACGAAUUAAAUAAUUUUAGAUAUAAAGAAAAUAAUAAUACAAAAAACAACGGCAGCUUUAUAUCUCAACCAACAAAUAGCCAAAAAAAUAAUGAUUACCCAAAAUUUAUUUUGUUUGGACUAAUUGUUUUUGUUAUAAUAAUAAUUAUAACUAUUAUUUUGUGUUGGUUUUAUUAUAAAAAACACAAAGAAGUAAGUAGAAAAACUAAAACACUUAAAACAAAACAGUCAAAUGUUGAUAAAGAUACUAAAUCAUCAACUACUAACAGCAUUGCAGAGAAGAAACAUACAAUAGAUAAAUCUUCUUCUAAUUCAACUGCUUUGACUUUCCCUAUAUCUAAGUCAGAUACCUCAUUUUCAUCUUCAACAACUUAUCAUGUUCCAAAACUUGAAUCUAUUGUUAUAUCGGAAAAAAAUGAUACUAAUGAUACAUCAACAUUAGUAAGUAUGAAAUCUUUAUCAAAUCGUAAAAAUUUAUCCAUAAAAUCUUUAUCAACUUUUAUUAAUGCUUUAGCUUUUUUUGCUCUUGAAACAACUGAACAAGAAACUACAAAUAAAACAUUAAAAAGUUCAAAUUUGCAAUCUACACAAUUGCCAUCAGAAAUGUUAACAGAACAAUAUCUCAUAAGUAGUUUGCCUAAUUCAAAAGUUCAAAUAAAACCAAGUUCAUCUCAAUCCAAAACCCCAUAUACUCGAAUAAUUAAAACUGACAACACACAAGAUUCAGAAGAAGAAAAAAAUAGCAAAAGUGAUCCACCAGAAGAUUCAACAUCAAGUUCAUUCAAAUCAUCAAAUAUAGGAAGCAUAUCAUCGAUUCAUCAUUCUGAUAUUUCUACACAAAUAUCCAAAUGA